ACCGCGAACAUCAAAUUAUAAAUGAAGCAUCGCAGUCUAGAGCAGUUUUUUCAACAAGAGCACCGACCAUAAAAAUGUCUGUUACAGCCCCAGAACCGUCACCGUCAGCACCAGGGCGAAACCCGGCAGACACGUAUACUGUCUCCCUUUUUUCCCUGAGUGGUGACCGCAUGUCUCUCGAAUAUGCAUCUUAUGAAGCAGUUUCUGAUCUGACCGCACGGGAGCUCAUUUUAGACGCCAAAAAACAAGCAGAUGCGGAAGUGGAUGGAGUGGAGAACUUCGAGGGAACGAAAAAUCUUCUGCAAACGGUGAAGGCGUGGCGAAUACGCAUAUUAAAAAACGACGGUGAUCAUCAGUUUUUCGAGCCCGAUGAGAAUAUCGGCUUGCAGAGCGACGUGAAAACAGUUGAUUUUCAAAUCCUGGCGUGCGCGGAAUUCGUCGGAGCGCCAUCUUCGCGAAAAGUGCGUGACAUGGUGAACCAAAUGCUUGGUUUCAUGCCGACGGGGUCCGUGGAGCAUAUUAAGACGCAGAAUCUUCUAAUCGAUAUUGACAACAUUCCAAACGACGAGAAGUGGGCCCACAUUCAACUGGUGAGGGAAAACGGGUUCGUACUUUACCUGCUCCCUCAAUCCGCAAGGAGUGACAAAGAUACUGUUUUGGAGGCAGUCCAGUCUGAGGGGCAGUCUCUGGAAUACGUAAGUCACGACCUUCGCGCAGAUAAAGACGUUGUGGAAGAGGCUGUGACAUCCGAUGGUGAGG